AUGUCGAUUGUUGAAAAGUACACUGUGUUAACGAAAAAAGAAAUUGAACAAUUAUUUAGUCAAAAAAUUUCAUCAUUGAGAAUUGUCAAACCAACAGUAACUCCAAGAUCUUCAGCUGUAUGGAAUAGUUUUAGUUGUAUUUAUGUUAACGAUAUUAAACAGGAAUAUGUUUUUUGCAAUCAAUGUGAAGAUUUACUUAUUUAUAAACAUUGCUCUGGUACUAAUUCAUUAUCCAAACAUAUUCGUAGUUGUCAAAAGAUCAAAACUAUAGUUCCUCAUAGUCAGACAAAUAUGAAUCAAUUUUAUGCAUCAUCAAAAAGUGAACCUGAUAUUCCAGAUCGAAUAAAGCAGCAAAUAAAAGUUGCAUGUGUUGAGUUUGCAGCACUUGAUUCUCGAUCAUUUCAAACAAUUCACGGAAUAGGGUUCAAAAAUCUUGCACAAAAAAUUUUCGAUACCGGGAAAUACUUACCUAUAUCUAAAGAUAUUAACGUUGAAACACUACUUCCACAUCCAAUAACAGUCAGCCGGCAUGUUGGCAAACUGUAUAACCAAAAGCAUCAGCAAUUAGUAAUCUCGAUUUGUGAAAAAAUGCUUGUUUAUACUGUUGUUGUUGAUUUUUGGAAGAAUACCCAUACGGGUAUUCAAUAUUGUGGUAUUUCGUUACAUCACAUAAGUGAUGACUGGAAACUACAUUGUUUUGUGUUGGGAUGCUACGAUUAUGAUCUUGAAUCAAGUAGUGCAAUUAACACAAGGAGAUUUGUUGAAUCAAAACUAUCUGACUAUAGAUUAGAGUUAAAUAAGAAUGUUUAUAUUGUUUCCGAUAAUGAACCAAAGAUGCUUGCAACAUUCAAAUUAAACUGUCAACGUAUUGGUUGUUCGUGCCAUUUCAUCAACAAGCAGCUCGAACAUACGUUUAAUAAAACAAAAAUUGAUAAAUCACCUGUAAACUGUGAUCUUGCUCAAGUAUUAUUCGAACGUGUAAAGAAAAUAGUGUCUCAUGUGAGACGGUCUCAUAAGCAGACCAAGAUGUCGAAAAGAGCACAAACGUACUCAGAAACGAGAUUUAAUGGUGCUUAUCAUAUGUUACAAGUAUUUUUGAACAUUUUUGAUGAGCUAGGUCUUGUUCUUGAUAGUAUAAAUUUAAAUGAAUAUCUGUUGUUGGAUAAAGAAUUUUUAGAACAAGUAUGUUCAUUUCUGAAAGUGUUCGAUGACGUAAUCGAGCAACUUAGUGAUGAUAAACGACCAACCAUUUAUAAAGUUUUUCCACUGCGUCAACGAUUACUCAACGAAUGUGAAAUAAAAUCGAACGAUUACGAUGGUUUAAAAGAAAUCAAGGUUUUCUUAUCUCGACGUCUUAAAUCUGCAUGGACUUUGCAGGACGUUCAUUAUAUGUCAUGCUUACUUCAUCCGCCCUUAAAACAUUUUCAAAUUGCUCCUCAUGAAAAAUCCAAAGCCUGUGGAUUUAGUUAA